CAUGUGAACAAAGUUGGCUUAGAUGUGUUAAAACAACUGGACUGAAGGAAGAAUGCUCUGGUAGCCUAUUUUAUUACAUUCAUCAGUAUUUUAAUUAUAGUCCUAGUUAAGAAUAUAAUUAUCACAAAAUAUAACAGAACUACAGUCGGAGAGUUUCCUUUGCCUGUCAUGGCGUUUGUAGCUGCCGUUGGAAAGUGGGUUGUAAUUAUCUUGUGAAUUUAAAACUGUUCGCUGUUCUAAUUUGAUUUAGCUUGUCAAAUAAACGAGGGCGAGACCAGGGGCUGAUAACAACUACAGAUUUUUCACCGAACCUCAAUGUGGCUAUCCAGGCAUGAAAGUCAAAGUAACAUUGUUGCGGUUGGAAUGGAUUUGAUGUCAUAUUUUCUUGAUAUGAAGCAUAAAUUACUUUAGAGCGUUCUUGUUAACAUUUGCAGUAUUAUUUCACGGAUAGCCAUAUAAAAGCAGCCGUCUUUGCUACAACAGCAUUUAGGGGAUUUGUCCUGGCCUUUGAUUGUACUAUUUAUUCCAGCGCGCGGGCGGUCGAACCCUCUAAAGGCAAUCGGCGAAUUAUUUGUGGCAUGAACUUUCAGUCGCUCAGCAGCAAACUCACCGAAACAACAUGCCUCCCAACUACGCUGAGUGAUGUUCAGUGACUAUUGCGUGCCGUGAUCCACUUCGCUCUCAGCGUCUAGUUAUGCCUGCAUCGCUGUGGGACCAAGUGUCGUUACUUUAGGACCAUUACAUCCGAUUCUGGAGAGGGACGCACUCGACCAUACCGACCAGUUAUUCGGACCAGAGAGAGAGAGUUUCUCCAAGAGAUUGGCUGGGAUAAACAUUAAUUGACUGACUAAAAUCAUGACGCCGAUGGAAAGGAAGUCUUCCAAAACAUUACCAGAAAAAGUCUUGAAAGAUGAUCUUGACAGUGUACCUGAGCGACAGCCAGCAGAUGCUGACAGAGGUGCCCAUCACCCCAGAGACCACCUGUAAAGACGUGGUGGAGUUCUGUAAGGAGGCCGGAGAAGGUGGCUGUCACCUGACUGAUGUCUGGAAGGGCAACGAGAGAGUGAUCCCCUUUGACCACCUGAUGUAUGAGCACCUGCAGGAGUGGGGUCCCAGGAGGAUGGAGGUCAGGUUCUACCUGAGACACGAUGACUCCCCCUCAGAGAGCAGCGACCAGGGGAGCCAGCUCUCUCAGGAACAGUCCAACAGAGGCAGUGGAGGGAGCUCAGGCCAGUCAUGUGAGGAAAGGGUGGGGAACCCUUGCGUGGAGCUGACUCUGUCGGAGCUGCAGGAGAUGGCCACACGGCAACAGCAACAGAUCGAGACCCAACAGCAGAUGCUGGUUGCCAAGGAGCAGCGUCUGAGGUACCUGCAGCAGCAGGACCACAGACAGGGCCAGACGGUGUCAGAGGCUGGGAAGCUACAGAGGUUGAUGGAGCGAGUGGAAAGUCAGGAGGCCAAACUAAAGAAGAUCCGCGCCAUGAGGGGCCAGGUGGACUACAGCAAGCUCAUCAAUGGCAACCUGUCGGCUGAGAUCCAGCAUGUGAGUGGGCAGUUCCAGGAGAAGCAGGCAGAGCUGCAGUCAGCUGUGGUGAAGGUGGACCAACUCAACCAGCAGCUUGAGGACCUGAGGAGGGGACGUCUCAACGGCCUGCAGCCCCUAGGAGGACCUCUCACUGGCACCGCCGCUCUGGAGCUACGCAAACUCUACCAGGAACUACAGGUGCGUAACAAGCUGAACACGGAGCAUAGUGGCAGGCUGCAGCAGAACAAGGAGCUGCUGAAUAAGCGCAACACGGAGGUGACUAUGAUGGACAAGCGCAUUGGGGACCUUCGCGAGCGCCUGCACAAGAAAAAAACAGAGCUUAACAGGAUAAACGGUCCUCCCUCCCCCCAGCCCACUCCCAGCAGCUCAGGCCGCGUAGCCGCGGUAUGUCCGUACAUCCAGGUGCCCGUCCCAGGCAGACAAGAGGUGGGCUAUGCUCUGCCCCCAGACCCCGUUAAACCACCGUUUGUCCCUGGGACUGGCACCAUCAGCCAUGGCCACUCCAAAUCAGAGGAGGAAGGGUGCGGUGUGAGGAAGCCCUUCGUCCAAUGGAAGGUCUCAGAUUUAGACAUCAUAGUGGACCCCGUGGAGAUGAGAGAGGUGCCCCGGUCCCCCUCAGGGGCCUGCAGUGCCGACACAGUCUGGAGCCAGGGGCUAGGGCAGCAGAAGCAGAGGGGCCUAAGUAACAGGGCUCAAUAUCAACAACAUAAAUCCAAUGAAGCAGUGUGGCCCACCCUUAGUAAAAGUGUCUCCUUGAUGCAACCUUCAGAUUGGAGGAACACCAGCCCAGACCAGAGCCUUGACUUCAGUAAGCUACCAGGAGGAUCCGUGUCCAAACCACUACCCAUCUACGGGACCUACCCUGCACCUACUGGCCACCCGUCUAUAGUCUGCUCUACCAGCUCCCUGACCAGGUCUGCCCCUGCCACUUUAGCCUGGCAGCGUUCAGCCCCAGAACCUCCUGGUUACUCCUCCCAGCAGAUCCAGCAGCGUAUCUCUGUCCCCCCUAGCCCCACACCCCAGUCAGGUCUGGGGGAGGGGGAGAGUCAUGACCCCCUGCCGGCUGUGGCUGUGAGGCCCUACGUUCCAGACCGGUCAUCCUCCAGGCCUCAGUCCCCCAGGAAGGGCCCUGCCACUAUGAACUCCUCCUCCAUCUACCACAUGUACCUGCAGCAGCCUGCAGCAGCCAAGAGCUACCCAGCAGGAGGCAGGUCUGCUGUCAAAGCAGUGUAUGGGAAACCCGUGCUUCCCUCCAGCACCUCUCCCUCCCCUGUGCCCUUCCAGCAUGGGGCCCUGUCCCCAGGAGGAGAGAGUGGAGAGGACAUGGUGGACAGGGAAGGGGACACCACAGAGGGUAGACUCCUACCCUCUCCCAGCGUGGAGAACAUCCCGCGACCCCUGAGCCCCACCAAGCUGACCCCCGUGGCCCACUCCCCGCUGCGCUACCAGAGCGACGCCGACCUAGAGGUCCUGCGCCGGCGGCUGACCAAUGCACCGCGCCCGCUGAAGAAACGCAGCUCCAUCACAGAGCCAGAGGGCCCCACCGGACCCAACAUCCAGAAGCUCCUGUACCAGCGCUUCAACACUCUGGCCGGAGGCAUGGAGGGCAGCAACAGCACCCCAUUCUACCAGCCCGUCUUCAUGGGUGGUGUCCUGGGAUGUCCGGACAUGGACAACAUCAACACUUCUAAUGGGAACCUGAUCGGGACAGCUUCCCUGGUCGUCACUGCCGCAGACGGUACCAACUCAAACCAUCGCCUGUCCUCUUCUAUGUCCCCUUCCUCUGACUCCAAUGAGAGGAGGACACUCCCAACCAGUGAGACCACUCCCCACAUGCCCACCUCCCAGCCCAGCUUGGAAGACAACAACAACCAACCUGGCACCAACUCCACUCCCAGGCCCAUCCCCAUCCCUGAGGCCUCGUCUCCCCAGCCGAAAGAAACCUCUCCCCGGACUGUCACACCCCCGGCAUUGCCUAAGCAGAUCAAGAGGACUAACCUGAAGAAACCUGAGUCAGAGAGGACAGGCCACGGGCUGCGGGUUAAGUUCAACCCUCUGGCCCUGCUACUGGAUGCCUCUCUGGAGGGAGAGUUUGACUUGGUGCAGCGGAUCAUCUAUGAGGUUGAGAACCCCAGCACGGCCAAUGACGAGGGCAUCACCCCCCUUCACAACGCCGUAUGUGCUGGACGUCACCACAUCGUCAAGUUCCUGCUCGACUUUGGAGUUAACGUCAAUGCUGCUGACAGCGAUGGAUGGACCCCACUACACUGUGCUGCCUCCUGUAACAGUGUGCAUCUCUGUAAGCUGCUGGUGGAGUCAGGGGCGGCCAUCUUUGCCACCACCAUCAGUGAUGUGGAGACAGCGGCUGAUAAGUGUGAGGAGAUGGAGGACGGAUACACACAGUGUUCCCAGUUCCUCUUCGGGCUGCAGGAGAAGCUGGGGGUGAUGAAUAAAGGGUCUGUGUAUGCGCUGUGGGACUAUGAGGCACAGAGCUCAGAUGAGCUGUCCUUCCACGAGGGAGACGCCAUCACCACCCUGAGUCGCAGCGACCACGCUGAGACAGAGUGGUGGUGGGCCAGGCUACAUGACAAGGAGGGCUACGUACCACGCAACCUGCUCGGGUUGUAUCCAAGGAUCAAGCCUAGACAACGUUCUCUGGCAUAGAGAAGACGUGCACUAUGCUGAGAACGCAGUGCACGUUGUUGUGCUCUGACUGGGCUCAGAGCUGGGUCUGACUGGAUCUGCAGACAGUGGCUGUGCCCGGACAGUGCCCUCUCUUUGUGCCAGUCUGUGCCUCCCCAGAACAAAGGACAAGGGCCAGGGCAUGGACAGAAGGGGCCAUAUCCAGACAGACAGACAUGCUUGGAAUUGGUGGUCACUUACCUAAGAGGAAGUAGAGGCAGUAUCCAUGGCCCAGAGAUCUGUCUACAUUUUUUUGAAGGUCCCCCCCUGCCCUUCAUUGGACCAUGAAGCAAUGAAGCUCAUUGGAUCAUGAAGCAAUGAAACAAAACAUUUUUGUUUUAUUUUCAAUGACUCCCACCGCCCUGCCACCACCCCUCAUUCAGAGAAUACUCUGAGCAGAGCUUCCCUCUUUCCCUUCUCACUCAGUGUUUGUCUCCUGUGUGUCAGUCAGAGUUAGGCCUAAAUGUGAUGAUCUCAGAAAAGGGAAUAGAGAACAGGGGCAGUCAUGAGUUAUUGAAUAUGGGUUUUGCAGUAAGUGCUGUUUGAAGGCGAUCAGAGUUCAAACCCUGGAGGUCAUAUCUUCAGGGUUCAGCAGAGGAAACAAAGGAACAGGUUUUUACAAGAUGAGAAAAGGAAGGAAAGUGACGGAAGGUGUAAUUGAAAGACUUUGAAGGCCAGUUAAAACUACUAAAAGAUGUGUGGAAUGUUCUAAACAGUCAUAUAAUGUUGGUGUUAUUUAUGCAAACCCAAACGUGUUCUGAAGGAAUGAGUGGAAUAUGUAAUGCUGGGAUGGGAAAGUGAAAGGGGCUGCAUUCUCUUCUACAGAUGCAAUAACUAUGAAGCUAACUAUGGGUGUGAAUUUGAACUAAACUCAAACACUCAUAAGCCUACAGUAUAUAAAUGCUUUAUCACCUAAAAAGGCCUAUAGUUGGAUCUCUCUUUGGAGUUUUUCAUUUUGAGUUACAUUUUAGCAGACGUUUGUACAUUGUAUUGUUUUCCCUAUUUUUGUUUCAAGUUGGUUGUUGUCUUUUUAAUUCCCAUCAUGCAAAGUGAUACACAUUUUGAUCACUGAGUAUAGCCAUACCACAGGAGGUUGGUGGCACCUUAAUUGGAUAGAUGGGCUUGUGGUUAUGGCUGGAGCGGAUUAGUGGAAUGGUAUCAAAUACAGCAAACAUGGUUUCCAUGAGUUUGAUGCCAUUCCAUUUGCUCCGUUCCAGCCAUUAUUGUGAGACGUCCUCCCCUCAGCAGCCUCCUCUGAGCCAUACUGUACUAUCUUUGGUAUAGCCUACCUGUUGACUGAUGCUGGCUUGAUCUAUAGGUUGUGUAUUACCAUCAGUUCUAUGGGAUGGUUUAUGUGACAAAACGAACACCAAACAAUAUGCAUAAUGAAAUGUAAAUGUACACAAUAAAUAAUGAUUUCCCUUAAAUGGGAAUAAAAAAUGUUUUAACAUAUACUGAACAAAAAUAUGAAUGCAACAUGUAAAGUGUUGGUCCCAUGUUUCAUAAACUGAAAUAAAAGAUUCCAGAAA